GCAGCUCAUAAAAGUGUCUCGAAUGCUCACCUUUCAUCGUUCCGGCCUGUUUUUCGUCUCAUGUUCGUUUUGCCCCGGAGUCUUUUCGAAAGGGGGUAUUACGUCAGCACGUCUGAGCGUGAGACGGCGAUAAUCCGGCGUGUUGUAAAGCUUCCGGCGGAGGUUGGAUGUUGAUGUCCUGGCCUUGACGCGGUGUUGCGGUCCGGUAGAGCGAGCUCCGGAGGUGUCCGGAGGAAUUCCAGUGUUUGCUGCGGUAACCUUAUCAGACCACCAAGAUGGCGAUGCAAGCGGCGAAGAGGGCGAACAUUCGACUUCCACCUGAAGUAAAUCGGAUUUUGUAUAUAAGAAAUUUGCCAUACAAAAUCACAGCUGAAGAAAUGUAUGAUAUAUUUGGGAAAUAUGGACCUAUUCGUCAAAUCCGAGUGGGGAACACACCCGAAACUAGAGGAACAGCUUAUGUGGUCUAUGAAGAUAUCUUUGAUGCCAAGAAUGCAUGUGAUCACCUUUCAGGAUUCAAUGUUUGUAACAGAUACCUGGUGGUUUUGUACUAUAAUGCCAACAGGGCAUUUCAGAAGAUGGACACAAAAAAGAAGGAAGAGCAGUUGAAGCUUCUCAAGGAGAAAUAUGGCAUCAACACAGAUCCACCAAAAUAAAUGUUCUCUGCAUUUUCAUUUUAGACUAAAACCCAUAAAUGAUUACCGGCACCCUUUUCUUAUUUUUAAUUAAUGCUGAAUGUUGUAAUUUCUUAUUCGAGAUUCAAAAGGACCUGCUUGAAACUUUGAUAUGUGUUAGAAUAUGUUAUGUGAAUAAAUUUGUAACUUUUUGUAAAACA